AUGACCAUCAUUCGUGCUCUGUCCUUGCCUCGGUCGGCGGUUAUUGUGGGAUAUGCUCGAACUCCGAUUGGCUCCUUUUUGGGGAGACUGUCGUCCUUCAAAGCACCUCAGCUGGGAGCCCAUGCGAUCACAAGGGCCUUGGCUCAAGCUAAGGUCGAUGUGGGUGAGGUGGAUCAAGUGAUUAUGGGGCAUGUAUUGUCAGCUGCAUGUGGACAGGCACCAGUGCGUCAGGCUGCCUUAGCGGCUAAGCUGCCGUCGUCUACUAAUGUGAUGAGUGUGAAUAAAGUGUGCAGUAGUGGCAUGAAGGCCGUCUCUAUGGCUGCGGCUUCGAUCGCUAUUGGAGAGGCGGACGUGAUCGUCGCGGGAGGGAUGGAGUCUAUGAGUAAUACGCCUCACGCACUAACAGAAGCUCGGAGUGGAGGAUAUAAAUAUGGCCAUGGUCAGCUAGUGGAUCUUGUCCUGAGGGAUGGUCUUUGGGAUGUGUACAAUGACAUUCACAUGGGCAAGUGUGCCGAGAAAACCGUCAAAGAGUUCGGCAUCACUCGAGAGGAGCAAGAUGAUUACGCCAUCCAAUCCUAUCAAAGGGCAGCGGCAGCCUGGAGUAGAGGGAAGAUGAAGAACGAGGCAUUUCCAGUCGAAGUACCUUCAACCGUCAAAGGCGGCGAACCUAAAAUUUUUUACAGUGACGAGGAGUUCACGAAUUUGAAAAUCGAACGGGUAGCGGCGGUGAGACCAGCCUUUAUCAAGGACGGUACCAUCACAGCCGCUAAUGCAUCCAAACUGAACGAUGGCGCUGCGGCGCUGGUUGUUGUCAGUGAGGAGUUUUCCCGAGAACAAGGCUUGACCCCAUUGGCUCGGAUUAUAUCGUGGGCAGAUUUCGAGCAGGACCCAAUAGACUAUUCCUUGUCACCAGCCGGAGCAGCGCGGGUGGCCCUGCAAAGAGCGGGGAUGACGACGAAGGACGUGGAUGUGUGGGAGAUCAACGAGGCAUUCUCUUCGGUGGCGAUAGCUAAUAUGAGAUUAUUGGAGCUGGACCCAUCGAGAGUUAAUGUAGAUGGAGGAGCGGUUGCUCUCGGGCAUCCCAUAGGAGCCUCGGGAGCUCGCCUGGUGGGAACUCUCAGCAGAAUUCUCGGUGAAAAUGAUUAUACUGUUGGGUGCGCUACGAUAUGCAAUGGUGGGGGAGGAGCUACCAGCGUGGUGAUAGAGAGAAUUCAGUGA